GUGCAUAUUAAUGAACCUUCCUCUUUCUUCGUUUCGGCCAUCUUGGUUCACGUGGUAGCAAGACUCUAUCAAAAUGGUGAACACUACUGGAUAUCGCCGGGGAACCCGGUACAUGUUCUCGAGGGAUUUCAGGAAACGUGGUGUCAUUCAUAUGUCAACAUACUUGAAGACCUACAAAGUUGGUGAUAUUGUCGAUGUUAAGGCAAAUGGUGCUGUUCAGAAGGGUAUGCCCCAUAAGGUAUAUCAUGGAAAAACUGGCCGAGUCUACAAUGUUACCAAGCGUGCUUUGGGUGUUGUCGUAAACAAAAAGAACAAGGGUAGAAUCAUGGCCAAGAAAAUCAAUUUGCGUGUUGAGCAUGUUCGACAUUCCAAGUGCAGAGACGACUUCUUAAGGAGAGUGAAGGAAAAUGAAACCAAGAAGAAGGAGGCUAAAGCCGCUGGAAAAGUCAUUAACUGCAAGAGACAGCCUGUUCAACCUCGUCCUAGUCACCUUGUAAGAACCAAGAGAAACAAGCCUGUCGCACUCCAACCACUUCCCUAUGAAUUUGUUAUCUAAAUGGCUGGAAUAAAGCUUUGAAAUCUUGAGAA